AUGGCAACGGUGUUCCCUGAUGACAUUGGCCUCUUUCAGCAGGAUAAGCAAUCAACUCACGACUCCAAACUAAAGUACGUCGACUCAUUUUCCAAGGAGGCCAGCACCAUGAAGACUAUGACAUUCAUUUUACUCGUCUCUCUGGGUCUCGUAUGUGCUUCAGAGCUCAUUAUCCCUUCAGAGAACCGGACUGAUGAUUCUUCCCAUGUUCAGGUUUACUCACGAAACCCCAACUGUCAUGAGGGUUGGCAACAAUACGGUGAACGCUGCUUCAGGUUUAUCGACACGGCAAGGACAUGGGCAGAGGCAGAGCGCUUCUGUUUACUGCAAGGAGGUAAUCUGGCAUCUGUGCACAGUCUUUCAGAAUAUUAUUUUAUUGAAGGACUAAUAGUGACAAUCACUCAUGGUACACCGUUGACUUGGAUUGGUGGUUCAGACGCCCAGCAGGAAGGACUCUGGCUUUGGAGUGAUGGAUCCCGAUUUGGAGCAUUCCUCCACUGGGGCCCAGGCCUACCAGAUAACUUGAAUAGUGCUGAACACUGUCUACAGAUGAACAAUGGAGGAGGUCUGCGUUGGAACGAUAUGCGCUGUUCAACAACAUAUCCGUCCGUCUGUGCAAGAAGAGUUAUUUCAGUUUAAUAUUUUCAGUUUGACAUGGCAGCUGUGGAUUCUUGCCACAGCAAUUUAUUGAUAAUGUAUCUCAAAUAUGUUGUCAUCUUUGAAUUGGCAUUUUACUUUUUUUUUGAAUCAGAGAUUUUAUUUUUUUGAUCAGUAUUCUUUGAUAUUUAAUGUUUUGUUACAGUCUUUGAUUGUUUUUCCAUUGAUUUAUUUAUUUUAUUUCCUUUGGUGACUUAAUUUGUUGUACUACCCUUUAUUUUCCUUCAACGUCUGGUAUUCCAUCUGUUUUAGUAAUCUGUAUAAUUUCUCACCAUGUUAAAAAUGUACUAUGUAAAUAAAAUGAUGAACAUGUUUAUCAUUAAA